GUUUUAAUUGCGCGUGAGCGUACGCUCGUGACAAGUUAUGCGGAACUUGUUCGCCCUCCGCGGCAUGUCAGUGUUGUGGCUUCCUAUUUACUUAAAGUUGUAGCAGGUCCACAGAGACAGCGCAGCGUCUGUGCCGUGCGGCGGGAGGUCAGCGCCGAAAAGUUUACUGAGGAUGAAUGCAACGGAGUGCAAGAGCUGACAGCAGGAUUAUAAUUAUGAAUUUAUUGCAGCAUUAUGGUUGGUCAAUGUUGAUAUGAAGCGAGUGUUUCUUUUUUUAAUAACUUGUUUUAUUUAUUGUCGCUUCUUGAGUGCCUUUUUCCUUCGCGCGCGAGGCUAAACUAGCUUGAUUAAGAUGAAGUUUAACGGUUAUCUGAAGCUCCGGAUCGGUGAGGCGGUGGGCCUGAAACCCACGACCUUCUCCCUCCGCCACUCUGUCAUCUUCAACAAAGCCCCCCCGGCCAUGGACCCCUACAUCGUGGUGAAGGUGGAUGACAACAAAAUCGGACAAACCCUCACCAAACAGAAAACCAACACGCCGACGUACAACGAGGAGUUCUGCCUCAACGUGAACGACGGGAAACAGAUCGAGAUGGCAGUUUUCCACGACACUCCAAUCGGAUAUGAUGACUUUGUGGCCAACUGCAUCGUGCAGUUUGAGGACCUCAUCAAAACCUCCAACACAGGAGAGCCUUUCGAGGGAUGGAUGGACUUGGAGCCAGAAGGCAAAGUUUACGUCCAUAUUGCACUCACUGGAUCCUUCAUUGAUGAUGAUGCCAUAGUGCAAGCAAAGACCUACAAGGAGUUUACAAGGAAGCGACAAGGGGCCGUAAGACGGAGGAUUCACCAGGUCAACGGACACAAGUUCAUGUCCACUUUCCUCCGUCAGCCCACCUUCUGUUGUCACUGCAAAGAUUUCAUCUGGGGUGUUUUUGGAAAGCAGGGCUACCAGUGCCAAGUGUGUACCUGCGUGGUUCACAAACGAUGCCACCAGCAGGUCGUCACAGUAUGUCCAAGGAUGAAGAAGCCAGCUAAAGAACAGCCCAUGAACCAAGGCUUCAGCAUCAAUGUCCCUCACAUGUUCAACAUCCAUAACUACAAGUCGCCCACCUUCUGUGACCACUGUGGCUCACUGCUGUGGGGAAUAGUCAAGCAGGGGCUGCACUGUAAAAUCUGUAAAAUGAAUGUUCACAUCCGCUGCAGAGGCAACGUCGCUCCCAGCUGUGGCGUCAACAGUGUGGAACUGGCCAAUAAGCUUGCAGAGAUGGGUCUACAGGCUGGAGGAAUCUCUAAACGCAACUCAUUGGCCAAAAGUGCAGGUCCGGUGAGGGCGCCCUCUGAAAGGAUGGAGAGUAUGAAAACUCAGCAGCAGACCCCUCAGCUGGGCAUCUCAGACUUCACAUUCCUUCAAGUCCUUGGCAAGGGCAGCUUUGGCAAGGUGAUGCUGGCGAAGCUAAACAGCAAAGAUCGGGUUUUUGCGGUCAAGGUUUUGAAGAAGGACAUCAUUUUGCAAGAUGACGAUGUGGAGUGUACCAUGACGGAAAAGAGGGUGCUGUCACUGGCCCGCUGUCACCCUUACCUUACACAGUUGUACUGCUGCUUCCAGACACCGGACCGGCUUUUCUUUGUGAUGGAGUUUGUGAAUGGUGGCGAUCUCAUGUUCCACAUCCAGAAGUCCAGGAAGUUUGAAGAGCCAAGAGCACGUUUCUACACAGCAGAGAUCACCUCCGCUCUCAUGUUCCUUCACAGCAAAGGCAUCAUCUACAGGGAUCUAAAGUUGGACAAUGUUCUUCUUGACAAAGAUGGUCACUGUAAGCUGGCAGACUUUGGCAUGUGCAAAGAAGGCAUAUUUGACGGCGCGGCCACGGGAACUUUCUGUGGGACGCCAGAUUACAUUGCUCCCGAGAUCCUGCAGGAGAUGCUGUAUGGGCCCUCUGUUGAUUGGUGGGCUCUCGGGGUGCUGCUGUAUGAGAUGCUAUCAGGACACGCCCCCUUUGAGGCCGAAAAUGAAGAUGACCUCUUUGAGUCCAUCCUCAAUGAAGAGAUUGUUUAUGCGUCUUGGCUCAGCACGGAGGCAGUGAACAUACUGAAAGCUUUUUUGACCAAAAACCCGGCCCGGCGCCUGGGCUGUGUGGCUUCAGAGGGCGGUGAGAGCGCCGUGACCAGCCACGCCUUCUUCACUGGCAUCGAUUGGGAGAAGCUGAAUCGUAGAGAAAUGGAGCCACCUUUCAAGCCCAGGAUCAAAACACCAGAGGACGUCAACAACUUCGACCCAGAUUUUACUCAAGAGGAGCCCACCCUCACGCCCAUCGAUGACCCUCUGAUCCCUUCCAUCAACCAGGAAGAGUUUCGGAACUUCUCAUUCACUUCACCUGAACUGCUGGAGACCUAAGAGUCUCCUUAUUGAUCCACCAGUCAUCCUGCACAUGUUUCACUCUUCUCAGUGUUUAUGGUUGUGACUAAGACAGUUCCUAGCUGUACAUACGGUAUGAGCCUGUCACAUUCCCCAGAGACAUGAGGGUGCAAAUUGCCGUGGAGUCAGCCAAACACAUGCUCGACAGGAACCGGGGCUGCACCUCAUGAACUCUUAAGCACUCCUGUGAUUUCCAAAAACAUGGCAUGUGAUCAGCUUCUGAAAUGGCAUUCAGUUUUGAUUAUGCGAUGGCUUGGCUGGGACACAUUCAUGCUAGUGUCUGUGCGGAGAUGGUUUGACACUGUGAUGUGUUGAACACUUGCUUGUCAAAAGUGUACAACAUCAGAGUUUUAUUGUGAAUUUGCUCUCCUGUAGAUAGAUGAAUUUGCUUCCAGUUACUUCAAAUGAAAAAGCACUUUUUGGAGCAUAUGGUCUGUGUUUUAUUGUUGCUUCAGCAUUGUCAAGAGUUAGUUUUAACCAGCCUGCCAGAGAUUCCCAGAAAAGCUGAGCUGCCAGUUAAAAUCCUGGAAGGAGUGAGUGAGUGGAUGAAAUAGUUUCUCAAUGAUGUGAUCCUACUCUGGAAAAACACAAAUAGGCACAGACCCACACUCUGGCUAAAUGAGAGCUGAACUCCUCCACUUUCAAAAUAAAGCUAAAAGUGAAAUGAAACUUGAGAUACAGCAGUAUAUUAUGCUCAACUUAACAUAAAUAGUUUUGUCAGGUUAAAAUUUUAAUUAAACAAAACAUUUGAUAGGAUGAUUUGUCUUUAGAUAAUUAUUCAAAUAAUAAUUCAGAUGAUAUGUGUAUUUAGUCUUUGUUGGUCACACUUGUAAGAAGAAAAACGUCUGUCUCAGUGACUGUGUAAUUUGAUCAGUCAGGCAUGUUGAGGGUGAUGCAAGAUUUCAUUUGAGGUGAAAGCGCUGUGGUGAUUCAUGUUGACUGCGAAAUAUCCAAAAGUUUGCAGAUUUCACCACAUGGUUGUCUUGUACGGAAGAAGAAUGCUAGUAUGCUAUUUGGCAAUUGCCAGAAUUAAAUGGUUCUGGUCAAGAGUAACAGUAAUAACUCAGUCUGUCUUACUCAAACAAACACAGGGCUUUUGAAACCUCCCAGGUCCGUGGGCAGACUGCCUGGGUAGUCGGAACUCACAUGGGGGUAUUUUCAAAUAUGCAAAUCCAAGAAAGUUAAUGAAUAUUCUCCCUGCUGAACACUUAAACCAGCCUCUCUCCGAGAACGUAUAAAAGAAACUUGGAGGAGGUGGACAGAGAGGGAACUUUUACCCUGCAGUACAGUAACAGUGGCCAAUCAUCUGGAAGGCGCUGUCAGUAGCUUUGUCGUCGCAACCCAGUAGAGAAUAAACAGGAAACCACACAGCAUCAUUACUGUCGCCUUUGAUAGAGACAGGAAGAUGCAAGAAGGAAAUCAUGCUUUUGAGACCCUUUGAAAAGCAUGAAUGUGGCGAGAAUACAGUGUGUGCUGUUGGUAAUAGAAAUUGAAACCAUUAAAACAACAGCAAAGGAAAAAAAAAACUUGAAUUGAGAGGAAUUUCGUGUGCCCCAUGCUGAACCUGCCGAGCCUGGAACAGCUCCGACAUCACAAAACGGAGAUGGACUCUUCCUGUUAGUUUGAGGGAGGAAGUCUUCAGCCUCACAUCUGUUUAUCUCCUCAGCCCACCUAUCCUGUGAAGGGUUGUGCUGCUAAACACUAGUUUGGUGGCUUCAGACACAAAAAUGCCUGUGCAUAAUCUGAAACUGAAAGCAGUACAGCUACACUGCACAAAACAAAGAGCUGCUCUGCUACUGCAAAGUUGUGUUUACUUAGAAAAAAAAACAUUUGAGCCAGUGGUAGCUGAUGCUGUUGCCAAGCUCUUCCUAUCAUGCUUAAAUCCCUGUUAAGUCUCUGGUUCACCUUUAAGCAUCUUUUUAACUCAAGCAGCCAACUAAUCUUUCAGAUUUCCCCAACAAAACCGUCAGUGUGUGCCAUACAAAGAAAUUGACAUUGGAUUGAAUGACUUUUUGUUUACCCAUUAAUGUGGCCCCGCUUGGCAGCUUUCCUCAGGUGAUGUCUGAAUGAGAGGAAAGAUUUAGGAGCCCUGCCUCGACUUUCAUUACUGAGACAUACUGAUGGCUGCCAGCAGUGUCUCUGCGCUGCUUGAUUGAAUCAGUGUUUAACCCUGCUGUCCUUCCUGUAUGAUUGAUGCCCCCAAAGGGGCAACGGCUGAUGAAAAAGACUCUCUUCACCCACAUCACCUCAGUGAUUCCCUGAGGUAUCUUAACGAUUUUUCACUUGUUGGAGUAAGUUUUGUAAGUGUAAAUAUAUGCUCAGUACCCGAGCCUACACUUGCUACAUAAGAGAUUGUGGUUCUUACCCUGUCUAGGUAUUGGCUACAAGGAUAAAGACAUUGACUGAAAGUAGCAUUCAAUCAGAGGAUGACCAUUAUUACAAUAACGAUGCAACCUUUUUUGUACAUUUCAACACUUCUCUUUCAAAGGGGUGGUUAUGGUGUAUUCUGAUUGAACUUAUGAGACAUAAGAAAAGAUUGUGCCACAAGAGAAUCAGCAGAUGUUCGGAUUUAUGCGCAUUACUCAAAUAGUAAUCUGACAGUGUUUGCUCUUACGGAGAUGACUGGCAGGGCUUGGAAUAUAGGCUAACAAUGACUGAGGUGGCACUGUGAGUUCACUUUCCUGAAGUGACUAAUAGCAGAAAAGGGUGUGGCUAGCACAUGAGACAACUUCCAGACAAUUGUAGAGUUAAUCAGAAUGACUAAAUAAGUAAACAGCAUUUGCUACAGCUGAGUAAUCUUUAUAGUAACCUGUAACACACAGUGUUGACUUCCAUGUUGAAAAUAGGCAUAACCAGCUCAGUCAUGUCUGGUGAAGAGCAGCUGUGAGCGCAGUGUAAGAGCAACGUGAAACCAGGAGAUCU